CGUGUAAUGGACGUGUCGGCUUACCCAGCUAUAUCCAGCUAUAGAAACCGAAUCCGAAUCGAAAACCAAAUCGCAACGCGACUUCCCAAGUGGAUUACCAAAAUCAAAAAAUAUAACAAUCUACAAACUAAACAAAAGUGAAUCGAACCCAUAAACAGAACAAGUUCGAAAAAGUGCGCGAAAACUUUAAAGAUGUGUAAAAGCGUUUAAAAGGAUCCUACGAUUUCUAGUGCAAAGGACUGCCAAACGAAACGUAUCUUAAAGAUACAAAAUUUGCUAACAAACUAAACUGCCGUGGCCAAGUGCUCAAAUUCGAAAAAAAUUCGUUCUGUGGCUUCAGUGAAUAAGUUCCACAACAACAACAGCAAGAUGACAAGGAGACGUUCGAGUCCGCCGGGACUCGAGGAGCUGCUUAGCCUGGCGCUCAUCCUAGUGGCCAUGGUCCUGAUACCCACACAAGCCGCACCGUUGCAGGAGUACACGGAGAUCCAACAGUAUUCGGAGGGCUGCUACUACAACUACGCUCACUACCAGGAGGGCGACCGCAUCAUGACCAAUGAGCCGUGUCUGAACUGCACCUGCCACAACCGCAUGCUGAUGUGCUACCUGCGCGUCUGCCCCUUCACCAAGCCAAUUGGCCACGACUGCAUCGUGGAGAAGCGGGAGGACCAGUGCUGCCCCAUCAUCACCUGCCCAGAAGUGCCCGUGGAUGUUCCCUACCACUCGCCGGAGCCUGGAACCGAGCUUAGCAUUCCCGAGAAGUUCGGUUGCAGCAUCGAAGAGAAGUUCUAUCCCGAGGGUGCUCAAGUGCCAUCGAAUCCCAACAAACCCUGUGAGCUGUGCUAUUGCAUCAACAACCAGACCAAGUGCGUCAUGCAGGAGUGCACCCUACACGUGGACGGCUGCCUGCCCAUUUACAACAAAGGAUCCUGCUGCCCCGUGCGUUACAGUUGUGACCACGAAAACGAACUGGACUUUGUGGACCAAUCUACCACAACCACCACUACCACUGUGCGUCCUACAACUGGCUUCAUCCUAGCCAGCACCAUGACACCGCCCACUACCACCGACUGUAUCCACGACGGUGACGUAUAUGCUGAUGGAGCCUCCAUCAAGGGCAAGAAUGCCUGCGAGCACUGCUACUGCAUGCGUGGAGACAUCGUGUGCGCCGUGCAGGAGUGUGAGGUGCCCAUGAUGGCGGCCAAUGGCAAGUCCUGUCGCGCCAUGCCGGCAGCGGAGGGUGAGUGCUGCCCGAGCAACUACAUCUGCGAAGACGAUAGUGCCACCACCGAAAUCGUGGAGAUCACCACGGAGGAGGCCGUUACUGCUAUACCGGCUAAGGGUAUUCAUGCUGAGAUUCCUAAGGAAGAUGUGGAUCUGCAGGAGCACAUCGAUGAUGAGGAGAAGGAUCAGGACAAGGAGAAGGAGAGUGCCACCGAAAUUCCUUCCGCGGAAGGCAGCGGGGAAGUUGAAGAUGAGGAGGAGGAGAAGGAGUCCCUACCAGUCACCACAGCUGCCCCAGUUCGCCCUGCCGACGAGAAGGACUUCUCGUUCGAGCCAGAAUCCUCUACCGCAGGAAUUGCUUCGGACUCCAGAAUCGAUGUGCCAUCUUCGACGGAAGAAACUAAGGAAUCCUCCACUGAAUCUGCCGAGGAGGAUGUUGCCAAGAUCGUCACCACGCCAGAGCACGAAGGCAGCGGAGAGGAGGAGACGUCUAAGCCUGACCACGUUCUUGAGAAGGAAAUUACUGAGGACGAACUCAUCAAGGUCAGCACUUCCGCUCCUGCCAAGGCCAGUCCUGCCGAGGAAGCGGCUACCGAACCAACUACUGAAGAAAAGGAGGAAGAAGAUGCCAAGCCUACCCCAGCCGGCGAGUCUGCCGAAGAAGAAAAGGAACCCUCUUCUGAGAAGCCCACUUCUGCCGAAGAAGGAAGCGGCGAGCAGGAGGAAGGAGAUAAGGCCACUCCAGCUCCAGAGGAAAGCCAGGAAGAUGAGCUGGCCAAGCCCACUUCCACUCCAGCUGGAAUUGAUGAAAAGGAAGAGGAACCCAAGCCCACAUCUGCGCUCGAGGGAAGCGGUGAGAAGGAGAAGGAAGAGGCAUCCUCCACCUCUGCUCCACCAACUGGUGACGAAAAGGAAGAAGGUGCCAAGGCUACUCCAGCUCCCGAAAAGGAGGAAGAGGAUGAGGCUAAGCCUACUCCGGCGCCCGAAGAAGAAAAGGAAGAUGAGGACUCCGCCAAGCCAACUGCCAUUCCACCUGCAAGCGAUGAUAGUGAAGCCGUCAAGCCUACAGAGUCCCCGGAGGAAGCUAGCGGAGAAGGCGAGGAGGAGAUUGUCAAGGCAACUACACCCAGCGGAGAAGUCAGCAGCGAAGCGGGAGAGAAGGAACCUGCCAAGGAAACUAGCCCUGCUCCUGAAGCCUCAGGCGAAGGUGAGAAGGAAGAAGAAGCCUCCACCGCCGCUCCAGCCGAUGGAGUCGAAGCUGAAACCGACAAGACUCCUGCCGAUGAGAAGGAUGUUAUCCCACCAUCUGAAGAUGUCAGCGCCGAAGAGGAGAUCGUUAAGGUCACCACUCCAGAGUCCUUGGGAGAACAACCUGCAGAGGAAUCCACUGAACUGCCCAAGGAAGAAGAUGUUGAGAGCUCAACAGCUGCCCCAGGAAUCGCAUCCUCCACGGAAGGUGUCCAGGAUGCUUCGAUUGCAACUUCGACCAGUGCUCCGGCCCGAAUUGGAGGUCAAGAGGAAGAGGCUAGCACUGCCUCCACUCUCGAGAGCGAUGAGAAGCCCGAAGGUGAAGUCGAGAGUGCCACCGGUCUGCCUACCGAGAAAGAGAUCAAGAGCCCCAGCACAACCAAGGCUCCAAGCACCGAAAAGACUGAAGAGGAGUCAUCCACUGAAGCCGAGGACGCCGAGAUUGAGGCAACUACGAGUGCGCCAGUCGACAAACAGGAACAACCUGCCGGUGAACCCUCCGAUAAGGAUCAAAAGGACAAGGAGGAUGAGGCGACUAGCACCGAAUCAGUGCCUGUCAAGACCGAUGCCAUUCCUGACGAAAUCUCUACCGACGAACCAGAAGAGAGCGUGGAGACUGAAGAGGAAGUUUCGACCGACAAGCCUCCAUCUGUCUAUCUGCCUCCUGCCGGCGAUAAGGACUCUACCGAAAGCGAAGAAGCAUCCACUGAGGCCACUGCCCAGGAGCAGGAGCCAGCCAAGUCAACCGAAACUACGCCAGCCGUCCACGAUGCUCCUUCCAGCACUCCCGCUAUUGUCAGUCGCGAUGAUAUUGAGGGUGAGAAGACUACUGAGCUUCCCAGCUCCGAGGAUCAGAGCCCUGCCGCCGAGGCUAUGCCCGCCAUGGACCUACCCGCAGCUAUUCCCGGAGAAGGCGACUGCCUGGUGGAAGGCAAGACCUAUACCAACAACAGCAUCGUGCCUGCCACAACUCCGUGCGACGUCUCCUGCAGAUGUGUCAGCAGCAUUGUCUCCUGCCAGCAGAUGGAGUGCAAGCUUCCCGAAAACCGCGAGAAGUGUGUCCUGGCUACCGAUCUUCUGGACGGCUGCUGUCCUACAUACAUUUGCGAUGAAAGUGCCGAAAUUCCUGAAAAGGAACAGGAUUCCACUGCCAAGCCAGACGACAAGAUCGACGAAGACGUCUCCGAGAUCAGCACCGAGGAAAUUCCCAAGGAUGUUAUCAUGCCCACUGGCAUUACGGAGCAACCCCUGUCCCACGUUAAGCACGAGGAAGAGAGCCAGCCUACUGUAUCGCCUCAAUUGGAAGAAUCUACGCCGACCACCGCUGAUAAAAAACCAGAAGAAGCCGAUGAGGAGAAGAAACCAGAGGAGGAGAAGGAGCAAGAGAAGGAAAAGCCUUCCUCUGCAGUCACUCCGGCUCCUGAAGUCGAGGAAGAAGCUGAGAAGCCCAUUGACAAGGAACACAAGCCCGUGGACGAAAAGACUCCAGAAGAGGACUUUGUGGCGCCCACUGAGCAGCCAACCAAGAAGCCUACUGAAGAGGAAGCCUCCACACCUGCUGAGAAGGAAACUGAAGCGGAAGAACCAACCACUCCUGUUUCUAUUGAAGGAGAAAAGAAACCAGCUGAGGAGCCUGUUGAUGAAGAGAAGCCUGCCGAGGGCGAGAAACCUGCUCCCGAAGAUGAAGUUUCCGCCAGCACUGCUGCUCCCGAAAAGGAAACUUCAGAGUCCUCGACCGAAUUGCCAACUGCUGAUGUGGACAAGAAACCAGAAGCAGAGGAGCCUUCCACAGCCACCCAGACUCCCAAAAUCGAAUCUCCCACAGGUGUUCCCGCUGGAGAAGAAACUGAAGACUUGGACAAAUUUACCACCGUUGCCCCGUCGGAGGUAUCUGAUGAGAAGGAACCAGCUGAUGAUGAAGACAUCGUGCCAGCCACAUCAGUGCCUACCCAGACUGAAGAUGCUAGCACCUCGAGACCUAUCGUUCCACUGCCCACUCUUGCUCCCACUGAGCCCGAGAAGAAACCCGUCGAAGAGUCUUCUACUGAAGCCGAAAUCGAAGAGAAGCCAACCAAGGAAGAAUCUGCCACUGAACCAAGCACUGAAGGAGAAAAGGAGACCUCUGAGGAGACAGCCACUCCUUCAGUGUCCGACAAUGAGGUCGAAGAGGAGGAGGCCACUGCAGCUCCAGUUCCUGCUCUUGCUCCUGGCUCCACUGAUGCUGAAGAAGACAAGACUCCAAGCACCGAAAAGGCACAGCCUUCUUCCGAAGGGGAGACUGCUACCGAUGCUCCUGCCUCUGGCGAUCUGCCCAAGUUGCCCCAGGAUAUCUUCGAAGAGGAACUGCCCGCUACAACGGCUGCUCCUUCGAAGGUCGACGCCGAACAGAAACCAGACCAAGACGAGACCUCUAUAUCUCCUUCUGCUGAAAGCGAAAUUGAACCUGAAUCUGACAGUGCUACCACUCCUACUCCUUCUAAGGAUGAAUCUGCUGAGCCAUCCACUGGAGCUCCUGUAUCAGACGAACACAAGGAAACCCCUGAGUCUGAGGCUACAACCGUUGCCCCUGUUGAAGAAAAGAUUCCUUCAAGCAGCAUCGUUCCUGUUGAGGAUGAAUCUUCCACUUCUGCUCCUGUCGUCAAGCCAGUAGAGGAAGUAGAGAAGGAAGUUACAUCGUCUACUAGCAUUCCUGCCGUUUCCGAAGAAGAAGACAAGGAAUCGACGGAGGAGACACCAUCACAGGAGGCCGAAACCAAGCCUAAACCUCCUGCCCGUACCCCAGAGAAGGAGGAAGACACUGUUGCUGCCACUACUGAGACUCCUGCUGCUGCUGUGGAGGGCGAUUCUAGCCUUCCUAAGCUACCUGAGGAUGUGCUGGCAGAGAUUCCAUCCACAUCUACUGAGACUGGAAUUGAAGAGGAAGUUGAGACGACCGCUACUCCAACCCAGCCCAAGAAGGAACCUAUUGUUCCUGCAGUUCCUACAUCUGAGGUCGAUGAGGAAGCCACCACAGUUACUCCUGUUUCUGAAAAGGAUGAGAAACCAACAGAGGCCGAGAAGCCAACUAAGGAAGAGCAACCUUCUGAAGAAGAGAAGCCCACCGAAGAUACCACAUCGACCGAGGCCCCUGCAAAGAUUCCCACUACAGAGGAUAAGAUUGAAAGCCAGGCUGCUUCUACCGAGACUCCCGAGGAAGGAUCUACCGAAUCUUCCGAUGAAAUUGUGGACUCGACUGAAUCCGAUGAGCAGCCAGAAGAGAAGCUGCCCUCAUCUACCGCCCAGGCCCCAGUUGAGAAGAUUCCGGAUGUGUCCACUGAGCUUCCAGCUGAGGAAUCUGACAAGGCAACUUCUGUGGCUCCUGCCAUUGCCUCCAGUGAGGACGAGUCCGCGCCAACCGACGAGAAGACUCCCGCUACUUCUAGCGAAGAAACUGAAGAUGCCACCACUGUUCUUCCACAAGCUGCUGAGGACGACACCAAAAAACUGGCUGGCGAAGAGCCAUCUACUGAUAAGAUUCCCACCACCGAAGACAAGAAACCCGAAGAUGAGUUGCUUGAGGAGAAGCCUAUUGCUGUCACUCAAGUUCCCGAGCUUUCAGAGGAUGUGGUACCUUCAACAGGGGCCCCAGUUGCCGGCGAAGAUAUCGAAAAAGAGGAAGGUGCCACCACAGCUGCUCCUAGCCAAGAAGGCGAGAAGCCUGCUGAGGCACCCAAGCCAACUGAAAAGGAGCCCUCAUUGGGCGAAGGAGAUAUCGAGUCCGGAACCAAGCCCAGUACUGAAGAGUCGGACGAGGCACCUAUUGAUGAGUCUUCUGAGGAGGCAUCCACUUCUGCCCCAGUCAAGGAAGAGUCCAGCACAGCCGCUGAGGAGAAAAUUGAUGCCACCACUUUGCCCAGUCCAGCCAAGCCCACUUCUGAACAAGACGAGACCAUCACUGUAUCUCCCGUCUCUGAUGAGAAGGUGGAGAUCCCUGCUGCUCAAGAUGAUUCGAAGACAACCAUUGAUGUGGCCACCGAAGUCCCAGUUUUCCAGGAGGAGGCACAGGACAAAACCGAAGUUCCAGUUGCUCCAACCACUCCCGCUUCUGCUGUAUCUGAUGCUGAGACUACUCCUGCUCCGGUGGAAGUUCCUUCUGCUGUGGAGAUCGAAACUAAGCCCAUGGAUGAAGUUAUGUCCCAGACUGUGGCUCCUCAUGAUGCCAUUGAUGAUGAAGCUGCUUCAACCGAGGAAGCUGAUCAGAUUCCAGUCACUGUGGCUCCUCAGGAUGCUGAGAAGACUCCCAUUUCAGUGGCACCUCAAGACGCUGACAAAGCUCCAGUCACUGCUGCGCCCCAGGAGGACGAGAAGACUCCGGCUACCGCAGUUCCUCAGGAUGAUGAAAAGAUCCCAGCCACUGAAACACCCGAAGAUGCUGAUAAGAUCCCUGCUACCAUUGGUCCUGUUGUUCCCUCUGUGGAGCCAAGCAGCGAGAAGCCUUCCACAUCCGAGGAUGUGGGCGAAGAGGGCACAGAAUCACCUAUCGAUGAUGCUGAUGAUACGACCGAUGAGUCUCCGGCUGACGCUAAAUUGAAGCCACCCACUUCUGCUCCUGCUACUGAUGCUCCAUCGGAGUCUGCAGUCACAGAGGCCGAAAUUGUCGCAGAAACAGCCGCUCCCGAGCUGGAGAAGGAUCUGCCAGAGAAGACUAGUGAGGAACCAGAGAAGGCUAGUGAGGAGCCUGAGAAGGCUAGUGAGGAGCCAGAGAAGGCCACUGAAGAGCCAGAGAAGGCCACUGAGCAGCCAGAAAAGGCCAGUGAAGAACCAGAAAAGGCCAGUGAGGAACCAGAGAAGGCCACUGAGCAACCAGAAAAGGCCAGUGAGGAACCAGAGAAGACCACCAAGGAGCCUGAAAAGGUUGACGAAAAGACUACUCCAGAGCCAGUUGUGAAACCCAGCUUGGACUCCACCGAGGAGGGCGAGGAGUCGGUCGAAUCCGAGGAGGAGCAUGCUCCUGUUACGGAGGCUGCUGAAAAGGAGGACGAGAGCAAGGAGACUGAAGAGGACGCAGACAAGAAACCAGCGGAAGAGGAGAUUGAAGUGCCAGCUGUGGUAUCAGAGAUUCCUCAGACUACGGCCGCUCCAGCUCCCCAGGAAGAGACGUCUGAUGAGCAGAGCCCAACCACAGUGCACCCACUGUUCGCCCACCUGCCCAGCAGCAGCACCAAGGCGCCAGCGAUCGAUGACCGCGUGGGCGAGGAGGAUGAGGAGAGCAGCACCCUCAGCAGCUCCAGCAGCAGCACAAGCACUACCACUUCUACCACGGAGGCCGCAAUCACUGCUCCAACGACCUCAACGACAGUGGCCAGCCAACAGCAUGAACCAAUCACACCACCUCCAUACGGCCACGCUCCCGAGUACGAGGAUGAGUACGACGAGGAGGAAGUGUUUGGACCCGGUACUUGCCGCUAUGCCGGCAAACUGUACGUGUCCGCCCAGCAGAUUCCACGCGACGAUCCUUGCGACUUCUGCUUCUGCUUCCGAAGCGACAUUAUCUGCUUGCAGCAAUCGUGCCCGCCACCAAUCGCCGGCUGCCACGAGGAGCCCAUCUCCGGCUUCUGUUGCCCGCGCUACGAGUGCCCGGUGUCGAUGGCCGCUGUGCUCAACAUCACCACGAGCACCACCACAACAAGCACUACCCUGCCGCCCCACUUCCUGCACUACUCGCACGGCGAGUCGGUGAAGCACACUGGCUGUCUGAUCAACGGUCGCUCCUACAGGGUAGGCGAGCCCAUUGAGUCCACCAGCGGUCCCUGCAUCAGUUGCACUUGCGGAGGCGACGGCAAGAUGAAGUGCGAUCCCCAGCAGUGCGUACCCGAACCCACCAUGCAACAGGUUAUGGCCGCCGUGGCGUCGGGACGCAAGAGAUGAACCACCAGCCAUGCUCACUAAAUAUAAUUUAACUAAUUCUUAAGCACUGCAGACAACAAUCACGAACCGACGAACCAAACCAACCAACCCCAGAUUGCACCAUUCAAGAACUAGGAAAAGCAAUAGGAAUAGAAUCACCAGGAACCACAAAUCAGAUACAAAUCCAGACCACCAUCCAGGAAUAGCCAGCAAGAAUAGGUGCCAAAUGCAAUAGUGACGUGAAAAAUUUUUCAAGAUUUACCAAGGACAUUCACACUCUUUCAAUUGGAUUACGCCCCCCAUUUGUUUCGGAUUAGGUUACGGUGACGAAGCAACCAGUGAUAUUGUACUGUAUACAUAGUAUAGGUGCAAUUAAUUUAGACGCGCUCACUUAAAACGAUUACUUAUUUGUAUGUAUUGGGCCUAGUGUCCCUAGAAACAUUUGGACACCUGGCCGCCAUCCAGAAACACAAACAGCAGCCGACGUAGCGCGUGCCUUGUAAGGUCGUUCAUUGUGACCGCCGCCGCCAUACAAUCGCUUUCAGGAGACUCUCAACCCUAAAAACAAAUAUUCAAAACAUCAAAAUAUAGCGAAGCAAUACCGGAUACGGAUCGCAAUCAAUGGCGUUACGAAGCCACGGCAUUCGGCCGCCGGAACGGUUUCUAUCUCUUCGAUCCACGAUCCGGCGGCCCACUCUUCUCCAAAUGCGCUUUUGUAGUAUUUUAGUCACCUUAUUUUUUAAACAUUAUUAUUUUUGUGUAUAAUUGUUGCUUCUAGUCUUCAUUUGUUGCAAGAGCAACGGAAUCUGCCUGUAACACGCGCACAACCGAUCCCGAUCCCGGUACCGAUCACAUCAGAUCGAACCGGAUCGGAUCGCAUCGAAUCGAAUCGAAUUGAGUUGAGUUGAGAAACUGUAUCUUCUAUAAACUAUUCCAAGCUUUUUGUACUUUUAUAUACAAUACGUGUAGAUGGGAGAAACGAACGAACUAGUUUUUAUAGCAAUUUUACAAACGAACCACACAAAUUGCAUAGUUUUAACGCAUUGAAUUUGUACUUCGCCCCCCACUGACCCGCUGCAAUAUCACUCCAACAGGUGUAUUGCAUCCGGGUGCACCUGGGGUGGCCACAACCGUAGUCUACAUAGAAUUUUUAGAUCAACUGAAACGGAAACUAAAUACGGAACCGAAAACACACUGUCGGCUAUCGCUACUGCUCGACUGACUGAAAAUCGGAUGGAUCGAAGGAAGAUCGAAGGACAGGAGAGACAGUUAACUUUGUAAACUAUUUUUUUUAAACCUCAGCUGCCGCGCUGUGGAUUAAUUUUAUUGGGACUUGUGAUCACCUGGCUUUUCAGUCACUUGAGCCUUAGCGAUACGCUGUAAUCGGAGGGCGUUUCGAACCACGCCCAUCGAGUACGAACAUCAAUUAGAUUUAUAUAAUCUCUAAAUAUAGUUGUAGCCCUAAGUAUUUAAUUUUAAAAAUAAAUAAAUAAAUUUUAAUUUAGAUCUUAUUUAUUUGAUAUGUCUUUUAAGAACAGCUCUUGUGUUUCCAUACCUUAUCAUAAUUUAUAUGCAAGCUAUUCUUUGUAAUCUAAUAAAUA